GUGCCCCAUACACGCAGCAAGAAGCGAAAUGGAAACGAAUCUGCAGUAGCGACAAGCCUGCGGCAAUCGUCCCCAGUGCCAGCAUCGAGCAAUAGAAGGCUUGCUGCAGACGAUGGAGAUCGGCUAGUUCGCAGUCAGAUGCCCACCCAGUCUGGAGUAACUCAUAAGCCGGCAGAUGCACUAGAAGUUUCCAGCCUGAAUCCCCUCUCCAAUGGGUUGUUGCAUACGCGCAAUGGCGCGAACAGCAAGGUGCAUGCGCCAACGUCUGUUCCUCCACAUGAUCUGCUUGUGAAGAACUCGGCGAUCGGAGCUCAGCAAAUUUCAAGCAGCGGCGCACCAAAUACCGUGGAUCUUCUCCAUCAUAAUACUCCAUCGAGCGCUCGUUCAAAUGGCAAAGAAGAUCUGGCGAAUGGUGGAGUUACAGCUACGCUGUUAUCGCGGGACUCUAUCCGUACACUGAGAACUGUAGGAAGUAGGGAACAUUUUUCUAUAUCAGCGACCCGAGAUUCGGGAGAUAAUUUCUUGACACCUCGUCCCCGUAUGAGCAUGAACUCGAACGAUGGAGCAACCGCAUCUCGGCAUUCGAUCGAUCCACGCGACAGCAACCUAGUAGCUACCCUAGCAGAGACCCUGAAUAUGGUAGGCGCCCGAUCGUCCAAGACCGUCGUCAUCCCACGGUCGGCCUGGGCUUCUGGCUGGGGUCUACGCGACAAUAUAUUUGACAUGAAGACCGACAAGCGAUCGGCAACAUCGCCCUGGCAACCGAUUGGAAACGCAUUGACAGAAUCCAAGAGGGAUGAAAUGUCCCCUACAAGCAUGCAAAAUCCCGAAGAGAAUGGUUCAGCAUUGCCACGAGCACUUCCCCAGCAAUCGAUCAUCGAGAGAGCGGUCGUGACACUACACGAGGGAAUCGCUGCCAGUCAGAGAAUCGAGAUUCCUCAAAAUUUCUCGGACAUAUCUCGCACUCGGCCAACUUUUGACAGUAUACUGCCUGCCGAUCGCACUUUGGCCCGAGAAACAGACCUGGUAGAUAGUCUGGAGCCAGCCUUCCUUGCGCGCAAGAGGAUGGAGCGCACAGACCGUCGAGAGAUCCAAAAGCAAAGAAUGACCCACGCAAGGACGGAAAAGGGGGAAAGGGGGGGAAAGGGUGGGAAAGCUGGAAGCAGAUCUGGUGGUGGUCAAGGGCAGUCACAGGAACUUCAAUUUCUGGAAGAAAAAAGCUGCGAAAGAGCUACAGAUCGGUGCAGAGAUGGGACUGAUAAGUGCUGCAGUCGCGAUGUUUGACAAACGACAGAUUCGGACUGUCAUACCAAAUCGCUACUUACGCACUAAAAGGAACCUCCGGCGGAUUGUUACUUUCCCUGGCACAGUUGAGAUGAUGUUGAAUGCUCCCAUCACCGCUGUGAAGAAUGCUUACAGGGAGCAUACCGCCGAGGAGUUACAUACCUCGAGAGUAGUCUUUUGGACUGAUGGCUCAGCUGCCGGCAGUCGCCACUCGGGAAGACCGCGAGGGUUCGCGGUGACAUGGCGUCGAAGCACAGCGACUGGUUGGGGACGCUGCGAGGCGAUGGGGUUUCAAGUCCAAGGCGAGCUCCCAGAUUCCGAUUCUAUGGAGACCUUAGCGGUCAUGAAAGCAAUUGCCAAAGCUUAUGACUUAGCUCGCGAGA